AUGAACAGUAAUGGCCCCAAAGAUGGAUCCGAAAUGAAGGUGGAGUCAAAGGAUGCAUCCCUGAGCCAGGCCGAACACACAGCCGCUGACUACUACUUUGAUUCCUAUGCCCACUUCGGCAUCCAUGAGGAGAUGCUCAAGGACACAGUCCGGACCCGCAGCUACCAGCAGUCCAUCCUGGGAAAUGCUCACCUCUACAAGGACAAGAUCGUCCUUGAUGUGGGCUGCGGCACCGGCAUUCUUUCCCUCUUCGCAGCCAAGGCAGGCGCAAAGCAUGUGUACGGCAUAGAACGCUCAGCCAUCGCAGAGCAGGCGCAGCAGAUAGUGAAGGACAAUGGGUACCAGAGUAAGGUCACCAUUAUCCAAGGCAAAGUGGAGGAGGUUGAGCUGCCGGUGGAAAAGGUGGACAUCAUCAUUUCAGAAUGGAUGGGAUACUUCUUGAUGUACGAAAGCAUGCUGGACACAGUGCUCUAUGCUCGUGACAAAUGGCUGCAGCCUGACGGCCUGCUCAUGCCAGACAAGUGCACCCUCAGCCUCGUCGCCAUUGAGGAUGCAGAGUACAGGCACGAGAAGAUAGACUUCUGGGACGACGUGUACGGCUUCAACAUGCAGUGCAUCAAGGGGCUGGCGAUGCAGGAGCCUCUGGUGGAUGUGGUGGACCAAGAGCAGGUGGCCACCAAGCCCUGCCUCCUCGCCACCUUCAACCUCAGCAAAAUGACCAAGGAGGACGCCGCCUUCACGGUGCCCUUCAAGCUGGUGGCCUCGCGCAAUGACUACAUCCACGCCUUUGUCGCGUUCUUUGACGUCUACUUCACACACUGCCACAAGCUUGUCUGGUUCUCAACCAGUCCCAUGAGCCGGUCAACGCACUGGAAGCAGACAGUACUGUACUUGCAGGAAAGCAUUGUCAUAUGUGAGGGCGAAGUCAUCACAGGCUCAUUGUCAUGUGCGCCAAACGCAAGCAACCCGCGCGAUCUGGACCUUUCGAUGACCUACAGCUUUAAAGGCAAGAAUGGAUCUUGCAGUUCUUCACAGACAUACCGGAUGAGAUGA